UUAUAAUAGAGAGGACCCUGUUAUUCGUAUUCAAUGUCAAAGGCGGCGAUGGAUAUGUUCACAAAGUGCGUAGCGCUCGAGUUGGGCCCCAAAGGCAUACGGGCUAACACUAUCAAUCCCGGUUCCGUUAAGACCGAGUUUAUGGAAAACAUUCUUAACGUGUCUAAAGCGAAAUCCGAUGAAUUAUACGCACAGAAGGCCAACAUGUGUCCGAUGGGACGGGUGGGUGAGCCCAUGGAUGUGGCAAAAGCCGUGUUGUAUUUGACGACCGAUGACGCGUCGUUUGUGACCGGAUCCAACUUCGUGGUCGAUGGGGGCGCCCAAUAUGUCUAACCCUGAUAUUUAUUUUAAAAAUUAUAGCCAUGUUUUACGUAUUGUCCUAGAUAUAUUUAAUCAAGAAU